UAUUUUAGGUUAAUUGUGUUGAUAGGUUAGAAGUUUUCAGAAUCAGAAUAACGUGGAAAUUUGAUUUUUUGUUUAUGUGUUCAAUUGAUUAAUUUCUCUCUGAAAAAAUUUUUUGAAUGAAUUGAAUAUGGCUGUACAAAAGUUACAUUUAGGGAGGAAUGAUGAAUUCUUGAAAAUUACAUCUGAAAAUCCUGAGCUCUCGAUAAAUGUUAUACAGUCUUUACCAAUUAAAAACUAUCUCAAGAAUAGCUAUGAUUAUGCCAAAAGUGAACAGCAAAAUUACAACGGAUCGAAAUCCCUUGCCAAAUUAGUCAUUCAAAACUUAGAUAUUGAACAAAUCUGGCAGCAGUUAGAACUACAGAAUAAUGAAAUCUUGAAUGCAGGUACCAGGAAACUGAACCAUUUGGAAUCUUUACAGAGAUAUGUAAAUGAUAAAAAAGAAGAACUUGAAGAAAAUGAUAAUCUAUCUGAUACUGAUCAGCAAGAUUCUGAAGAAUCUGGAAUUGACGAGGAAGGAAAUUUUGAGGAUUUUCCAGAGGACGAACAGUCUGAUGGAAAUUUUAGUGAAGAAGAUGCAGAAGAUGAAGAAGAUAUCACUCCUCAAUCUAAAGCGUACAAAAAAACUGUUGUUGAUGACAAAUUUUUCAAAUUGCAUGAAAUGGAAGACUUUCUUAUCUCUCAAGAGAAAGAGAUGGAUAAGGAUCAAGAAUCUGAAGAACAAGAUGAGGAAGAAGUAGACUACUUCGCUGAAGAUAAUGAAGAUGAAGAUGAGGAUAUGCAAGCACGAUUGGCUAAAUUCAAAGAAUUUUUCCGUUCUGAUGUAGAAGAGACAAAACCAAAAAGAAAUGAAUCUGUUGACGGAUCUUCGGAAGAUGAAGGAGAUAAUCUUCAUUCUAAUUUCGAGCUCCGCCAAAGUAGGUUGAAGAAGAAAAUAGAGGCUGUUGAAAAUAAUACCAUUACUGAAAAACCUUGGGCCUUGAAAGGUGAAAUACGGGCAGAUAGCAGACCCAUUAAUUCCUUGCUUGAAGAGCAUCUGGAAUUUGACAGAAUGGUCCGACCUGCCCCAGUUGUUACCGGACAAACUACUCUUUCACUGGAAAAUAUUUUACGUCAAAGAAUAAUAGAUAUGGCAUGGGAUAGUGUAGAAAAAAAAGUUAAAGUAGUAGAAGAACCAUAUGAGUUUAAAAAAAAAUUGGUAGUAGAUCAGGAAAAAAGUAAAGAAUCACUUGCUCAAAUUUAUGAAAAAGAAUAUUUAGAACAACAAGCUGCUCUAGAUCCUGACAAUACUACAAAAGUAAAAGAAGAGCCAGAACUUCACAAGGAAAUAAAAGGUCUGAUGAACACAUUAUUCAAUCAGUUAGAUGCCUUGUCAAACUAUCAUUAUACUCCAAAGCCAGCAGUUCCAGAAAUCAAAAUAGUUUCAAAUAUCCCAGCAUUAAAUUUGGAAGAAGUUGGGCCUGUUGCAAUUAGUGAUGCUCCAAUAUUGGCCCCAGAAGAAGUUAAAACAAAAACAAAAGGAGAUCUUCUAGGUAAGACUGAAAGAACAUCUACUGACAAGAAACGGGAACGAAGAAAAAAGAAAUCAAAACAAAGAUAUCAUGCACAAUUGAAGGAGAAAAAAGAGAACGAUGUAAAAAAAGCAGGAAAAGCAGGGAAAAAAACUGAAAUUGAAGAGCAUUUGAAGAAAUUGACAAAAGAUUCGAAUAUUAAGAGGAUGGUACAAGGUUCAGAUAAUAUGAAAUCAUCGAAAGCCUUCUUUGAGCAAAUUGAGGAGAAACAGAAAAUGAAGUCGGAAGCUGUGAAAAAUGGAAUAAAACGAAAAAAGAAUACAGAUUCUUUCAACGCCAAAAAACUGAAGUUGUGAUUUGUUAUGUUUA